CCCGAAUCGGGAGUAGUAGUAGUAGUGCAUCCAAUCGACACACACACAAAAAAAAAGGUUAGUUAGCCAUGGCGCCGCCAACAGAGGACUGCGGCUGGCUGCUGUACCUUUCCCUGGCCGCCAAAUGCGGCGACCCUCAGCGCCUGCUCGGCUUCGCCGCGGUCUUCGUCGCGGCCUGCGUAGUCACGUCGCUCCUGCACUGGGCGUCCCCGGGCGGCCCCGCCUGGGGGUGGUACUGGUGGACCAGGCGGGCCGGGCUGGGCAUCGUCCGUGCCGCCAUCCCGGGACCCCGGGGCCUGCCGGUGGUCGGCAGCAUGGGCCUGAUGACCGGCCUGGCGCACCGCAAGCUCUCGGCGGCGGCCGAGAGACAGGCCAGCAGGCGCCGCCUCAUGGCGUUCUCGCUUGGCGAGACCCGGGUGGUGGUCACCGCCGACCCCGACGUCGCGCGGGAGCUGCUCGCCAGCGCCGCCUUCGCCGACCGCCCCGUCAAGGAGUCCGCGUACGGGCUCCUGUUCCACCGCGCCAUCGGCUUUGCCCCGCACGGCGCCUACUGGCGCGCGCUCCGGCGCGUCGCGUCCGCGCACCUCUUCUCGCCGCGCCAGAUCGCGGCCUCCGCGGCGCAGCGCGCGGCCAUCGCGCGCCAGAUGGUGGACGCCACGACGACCGCCGCGGCCCACGCCCCCGUCGUCGUGGCGCGCCGGUUCCUGAAGCGCGCGUCGCUGCACAACGUCAUGUGGUCGGUGUUCGGCCGCAGGUACGACCUGAUGGCGGACAGCCGGGAGGCCGAGGAGCUCAAGGCCCUGGUAGACGAAGGCUACGACCUGCUUGGGCAGCUCAACUGGUCCGACCACCUCCCGUGGCUCGCCCGCUUCGACCUGCAGAAGACCCGGGCCAGGUGCUGCGCGCUCGUCCCGCGGGUGAACCGCUUCGUUGGCAACAUCAUCGGCGAGCACCGUGCCCGCCUCGGCCGCGGCGUCGACACCGCCGUCAUGGACUUCACGGACGUCCUGCUCUCCCUCCAGGGCGACGACAAGCUCUCCGACGCCGACAUGAUCGCCGUUCUGUGGGAGAUGAUCUUCCGAGGCACGGACACGGUGGCAGUCCUGAUCGAGUGGGUGCUGGCCCGUCUGGUGCUGCACCAGGACGUGCAGAGCAAGGUCCAGGAGGAGCUGGACCGGGUGGUCGGGCUGGGCCAGGCCGUGACGGAGUCGGACACGGCCUCGCUGCCCUACCUCCAGGCGGUCAUCAAGGAAGUGCUACGCCUGCACCCGCCAGGCCCACUGCUCUCCUGGGCGCGCCUCGCCACCUCAGACGUGCACGUAGGCGGGUACCUUGUGCCCGCGGGCACCACCGCCAUGGUGAACAUGUGGGCCAUAACCCAUGACCCCAGCCUGUGGCCUGAGCCAAUGGAGUUCAGGCCCGAGAGGUUCAUGGGCCCUGCCGCCGAGGACGUCCCGAUAAUGGGUUCGGAUCUCCGGCUCGCGCCUUUCGGGUCCGGCAGGCGGAGCUGCCCCGGCAAGUCACUCGCGGUGGCUACCGUCGGAUUCUGGGUCGCCACCCUGCUGUACGAGUUCAAAUGGCUGCCGCCGUCCGACGAGCCACGCGGCGGCGGCGUCGACCUAUCCGAAGUGCUGAGGCUGUCGUGUGAGAUGGCUGCACCGCUGGAGGCGAGGGUGGUGCCACGUCACGCGGUGUGCUGAGGGGGCUGAGACACGUGGCCUGCAGGGGUGGGGAUCAGAGGAGGAAAGCUCGACCGAUCGUCUUCUAGCUUCUACUACUACGUAAUACCUUACCUUGUAGCAGAACGUAACGUGGUCGAUAUGAGAUGUGUAAAGAAAGAAAAAAAAAGAACGCCCAGUUGCACCAUGCAUGCUAGCUGCUGGUGUGGAGUCAGUACGUAGUAGCAGCACCCGGUUUGAUCGAUGCUUAUGUGUGUAAUGUAAUACCUACCUGCAGUUGCAAGUAAAUGUGUGCCUGUUAUUAGUCUAGCUAGGUAGUGUAGUGUAGUGUACCGGAUGGUGAGCGAGCGUGACAGUUACCUUUCCUUUUCAGUACUGCCUAGCUAGCUAGACCUAGAUGUAUUAUUAUAUAUUGUGUACUCCCUUCUUACGUACGUGCGUUCCAUAAUAAAUGUAUUCUGUAGUUGUCUUUUUCUACU